AUUUCAUUUGUGAUUGCAGGUAUAUAGUUUCUACAUUGAUGAUUUCAUUGAAUUUGGUUGCUGUAAUUGCUCUAUUAGUGUUUGGAGCACUAAAAUUUCGGAGGAUUCUUUACAUAUUAAUUGCACUAUGCUGGAUUCUCACUAUCUUUUACUGGGUGUUCUUUGGGGUCUAUUUCUUCCUUGGAAACUUUGCUGGAGACACAUGCACAGCAUUUGAAAGCUUCCAACAGGACCCCUACAACAACACCUUGAGCUCCAUUCUUCCGUGUGACGAGUUGCUUUCAGCAGAACCAAUCUUAACCGAUGUUAGUGCCAGGGUUUACGACCUGGUGAACGAGGUGAACAAUAAUAUAUCUUCAUCAUAUGCAAACAUUGUUCAAAUUUGCAACCCUUUCUCGCCACCACCUGAUUAUGAAUAUCAGCCUGGAAGUUGUCUAGCCAGUUCAAUUAAAAUAGGAGACAUCCCUCGGCUAUUGAGAAUGCUGACUUGUCCUGAUUCGGAGGGUGAGACUUGCAAUGGAGGGAUCCUAAUUCCAGCUCGUGAAUUCAAUACUAUAGAGGCUUACACGUCUUCAAUACAAGAGUUACUGGACGUUUAUCCUGGUAUGGAAAACUUAGUCGAGUGUCAAAUGGUAAAGGAUGCUUUUUCUAAUAUCCUUGACGACCACUGCAAACCCCUAAAGAGAUACGCGAGAAUGACUUGGGUAUCAUUGGUGCUUCUAUCAGUGAUAAUGGUGGCUUUGGUACUUAUAUGGACAAUUGAAGUACACCAUGAGCAAGAACAUCAUUCUUUAGGUGGUUCUGUAAAACCCCACUCUACACCAGCAGAUAUGCCAGAAUCUGAGACAAUUAAAGAAGCUAACAAUGACCAAAUCCCGGUCUAGCCCUGUAAAUAGCAAUUCAGUUCCAGGACAUUCAUUAGCUCACCUUACGGAACAUAAUACAUUCCAGAAUCUCUUAAAUAGAUGGUAGAGAUAUGAAAGAUAAUUAGUCAUAAGACACGAUAUGAAACAUAUCUCAGUAGAGUAAUCAAUAGCAAACAUUUUUUUCCCUACAGCAAAGUCAGAGGAUACAGUGAUAUUUGUAAAUAGCCAAAUGUGGGGAGAAACCCCUAUAGCAUGUAAUAAAAAUUUUCAGGCUAAUGAAAUUCAUAUUUAUUGUUUUA